CCAGAGCUCCGGGCGGUCGCAUUGUUUUCCUCCGCGGAUCUGCAGCGGGAGUAGGGGCUCCCACUCGGACCCAGGACUCUCGUAACCCGACAGCGCCCUGGAGCCUAAACCCAAGCACCGUCCAGACGGGACGCUCGUCGCAUCUCGCCCGAACCCCAAACACGGAUUGCGAACUCUGUGCGGCGCGGAGCUGGGGGCUGCCUGCUGCUCCCUGGAUCUCGCUGACCCGGAUCUCGGAGCAAGUACCCUGGGAUCAAAGGGCUCCUAUUCCCUUUCAUCCCCCACAGGACCCACCACCCCAGGUAAGAGAAAAGAGAGCAGGGGAUAGAAGCAAACUCCGCCGUGGGCCAGGACGAGGGUCUGGAUGUUCUCCCCACUUGCCAGAGACCAAAGUUGUUUCCAGGGUGAAGAUAGCAGUUGCCCAGGGCAACUUGAGGGGGGGCAGGUAGGAGAGCAUAGAAGACAGGCUGUGUCCCUUUCUUUUCUCUAGGGAGUACCAGCAACCGGAAACAUGGGUUGGGGGAGGGAGGAGGACCUGGUCUUUCAGUGGAGGGGUCCUUAGCUAGCUAACUGCUCUGCCUCUGGGGAAAGAGGGGGGGAUCAUACCUUGUCCCUUCCUCCAGCUCUCUUGGGGCCCCACCUGACGUCAGCCUCCCCACCAGUGACGCUUGAUUGGGCUUGGGUGGACACUUGGGUCCUGGCUUUGAGUGGCAUUGUUGGGGAGAUGGAAGAAGGCUUGCCCUGUGAGCGCAGAGUUUCUCCUUUAGAAGACUUGGAAUGGACUACUAAGGCUUGUUGUGAUUGGUCCCAAAAGAAAGGACUCCUAGCUCCCUGACCUGACUACUGGAGCCUCUUCAGCCCCACACUUCAGUGUCAUGGGAAGGCAGGAGGUUUGUUGUGCACCACCUCCAGUGCGCCCAGGCAGGGUCAUGGCUGGGGUGGGCUGGUGGUGGGAAGGAGACCCGUCUCACCGCUCCUUUCGCCAUAGCCAUCUUUUCUUGGACUUUGGGCUACAAUUGCCUGUCAUUGAAUUAUUUAUAUUUCAAUUUCAGAGGCAGCCUGAUGAGGGAAGAAGGGGAAAGCGGGGCACGUUCAGCCAUUUCUCCUCACCCGUCCUUUCUAUCCUUCGCUCUGCAGAGGGGAGCCAGCGUAUGGGUGAGGGGGUACCCCCUGGGGCUUGAGCUGCCCCACACAGGAUGCCCCGUGCCCCCCACCCCAUGCCCUUGCUGCUGCUGUUGUGGCUGUCACUCCCAGAUGCCCAGGCUGCCUUUCCCCAGGACCCCAUCCCUCUGGUGACCUCUGACCUGCUAGGUUCUUCUCCAUUAUCCUGGUUCCGGGGCCUGGAGGAGGAUGCUGUGGCUGCAGAACUCGGGCUGGACUUUCAGCGAUUCCUGACCUUGAACCGGACCUUGCUUGUGGCUGCCCGGGAUCACGUUUUCUCCUUCGAUCUUCAAGCCCAAGAAGAAGGGGAGGGGCUGGUGCCCAACAAGUUUCUGACAUGGAGGAGCCAGGAUGUGGAGAACUGUGCUGUUCGGGGAAAGCUCACGGACGAAUGCUACAACUACAUCCGUGUUCUUGUUCCCUGGGACUCGCAGAGGCUCCUUGCCUGUGGAACAAACUCAUUCAGCCCCAUGUGCCGCAGCUAUGGGAUAACUUCGCUGCAACAGGAAGGUGAGGAACUGAGUGGACAAGCUCGAUGCCCCUUUGAUGCCACCCAGUCAAAUGUGGCCAUCUUUGCAGAGGGCAGUUUGUACUCAGCCACAGCAGCGGAUUUCCAGGCCAGUGAUGCUGUAGUUUACAGAAGCCUUGGGUCGCAGCCCCCACUCCGUUCUGCCAAGUAUGACUCCAAGUGGUUGCGAGAGCCACACUUUGUCUAUGCUUUGGAGCACAGAGACCACGUCUACUUCUUCUUCAGAGAGGUCGCUGUAGAGGAUUCCCGACUGGGGAGGGUGCAGUUUUCUCGGGUAGCCAGGGUGUGUAAACGCGACAUGGGCGGCUCACCUAGGGCCUUGGACCGCCACUGGACUUCCUUCCUUAAGCUGAGGCUCAACUGCUCUGUCCCUGGGGACUCUACUUUCUACUUUGACGUCUUACAGGCCUUAACGGGGCCUGUGAGCCUGCAUGGCCGCUCUGCUCUCUUUGGGGUCUUCACUACUCAGACUAACAGCAUUCCUGGGUCUGCAGUCUGCGCCUUUUACCUGGACGACAUUGAGCGUGGGUUUGAGGGCAAGUUCAAGGAGCAGAGGAGUCUGGAUGGGGCCUGGACUCCUGUUUCUGAGGACAGAGUCCCCUCACCCAGGCCAGGGUCCUGUGCAGGUGUGGGUGGAGCUGCCUCGUUCUCCUCCUCUCAAGACCUACCUGAUGCUGUCCUGCUCUUCAUCAAGGCGCACCCACUUCUGGAUCCCGCGGUGCCACCUGCCACCCACCAGCCUCUCCUCACUCUCACCAGCAGGGCUCUGCUGACCCAGGUAGCUGUGGAUGGCAUGGCUGGGCCACAUAGAAACACCACAGUCUUGUUUCUUGGCUCCAAUGACGGGACAGUGCUGAAGGUGCUACCUCCAGGGGGACAGUCUCUGCGACCUGAGCCUAUCAUACUGGAAGAGAUUGAUGCCUACAGUCCUGCCCGGUGCAGUGGGAAGCGCACAGCCCAAGCUUCACGACGGAUCAUAGGGCUGGAGCUGGACACCGAGGGUCAUAGGCUCUUUGUGGCCUUCCCUGGAUGCAUCGUCUACCUCCCUCUCAGCCGCUGUGCCCGGCAUGGGGCAUGUCAGAGGAGCUGUCUGGCUUCUCAGGACCCAUACUGUGGGUGGCAUCGACUGAGAGGCUGUGUGAGCAUCAGAGGACCUGGUGGAACUGAUGUGGAUGUGAGCCAGGAAUCCAUGGAGCACGGUGACUGCCAAGAUGGAGCUACUGGGAGUCAGUCUGGCCCUGGGGAUUCUGCUUAUGUGCAUCUGGGUCCUGGCCCUUCCCUUGAGACCCCCAGUUCCCCCAGUGAUGCCCACCCAGGGCCCCAGUCUUCCACUCUUGGAGCUCACACGCAGGGCGUGCGCAGGGACCUUCCCCCAGCUUCAGCCUCCCGCUCCAUCCCCAUCCCACUCCUUCUGGCCUGCGUGGCGGCGGCCUUCGCCCUGGGCGCCUCAGUCUCCGGCUUCUUGGUGUCCUGUGCUUGUCGUCGAGCGCGUCACCGUCGGAGCAAGGACAUCGAGAGCCCGGGGCUGCCGCGCCCUCUCUCCCUCCGCAGUCUGGCCCGGCUGCACGGAGGCGGUCCUGAGCCCCCGCCUCCGCCCAAGGAUGGAGAAGCUGCGCAAACCCCUCAGCUCUACACCACCUUCCUGCCUCCGCCCGAUGGCGGAACCCCACCCGACCUCGCCUGCCUGCCCACCCCCGAGUCCACGCCCGAGCUGCCGGUGAAGCACCUCCGCGCCUCCGGGGGGCCCUGGGAGUGGAACCAGAAUCCAUGCUGCCUUAACUCGCCGCUCCGGGCUCCCGCGGACGGGGCCCCGGGCGGGCCGGCGGGGCUGGAGCCGCGCCUGUGUACAGGGUCCUCGGGCCUCCUGGGGCCGGGACGUGCCGCCUCCUACUGUGUAGGAGCCCCCGCUUCCCAAUACAGCCAUGUCCGCCCCCCAGCCGCUGCCUGA